UCGCGCGAGCCGCCUCUGCCCGGCUGACGCUGCUCCCCUAAAGGCGCUGCCGUUCGCCUUUGGUGCUGCUGCCGCUGUUGCCGCCCUGCCCCGCGCUGUCUUCUCCGCCGGAGUCCAGCCCGGAAUCCUCGCCCCCCGCCGACAUGUCCCAGGCUGAGUUUGACAAAGCUGCUGAGGAGGUUAAGAACCUCAAAUCCAAGCCCACAGAUGAAGAGAUGCUGUUCAUCUACAGCCACUACAAGCAGGCCACUGUGGGCGACAUAAAUACAGAACGGCCUGGGAUGUUGGACUUCAAAGGCAAGGCCAAGUGGGAUGCCUGGAAUGGGCUGAAAGGGACUUCCAAGGACAGUGCCAUGAAAGCCUACAUUGAAAAAGUAGAAGAGCUCAAGGGCAGAUAUGGAAUAUAAGGACUGGAUUUGGCUGCCAGCCACACAUUUCAUCUCGACUUUUAUAACGCCUUGUUUUUCUAAUACUACGGAUGAAGUGAAAUAAUGAAAAUAACCAGUUAACCAACUGCUUCAGACUCUGCAGAGUAGGGACUGAAGCAGUCUUUGCAAAGUAGUUUUUAUCUGUAGAUUAUUAAAAGUACAUUGCUACUUAAUGCUUUUUGUAAUAUGGAAAGUAAUGUACUCUGUUCCACUCCACUCUCUCUCUCUGUCUCUCUCUCAGUCUCUCUGCCUCUCUCUCAGUCUCUGUCUCUCUCUGUCUCUGUCUCUCUCUCCCCUCUCCCUUUUCUUCAGGGAUUGGUUGACUUUUUAUCAACUAGAGUGAUUUUAGUGUGUGUGCGUGUGGGUGAUGUGUGUGUGAGUGAGUGUGUGGGGUGUGUGUGUGUGUGUGUGUGUGUGCGCAUGUGUGUGGUGCCAAGGACUCAGGGUCUCGUUUAUGCAAAACACUUGCUGUGCCACUGUCCCUAGCCCCUGGAGAGAUUUUUUAGGAGGUGUCUUUCCCACUCCUCCCCAGUACCCCAACCCAGGAGGCUGCCUGAGCUACCAUCUGCAGGCAGUGUGCACCUCUUUUCCUGUCCAGCUCUGGCCUGAGGAAGGCAGACUUGGCACACAUUCGAGAUUUUAUGUGAGAUCCAGCUAGUCCACAGUUCCAAAGCAAACAGGCCAGAGUCAGGCAUGAUCUACGCAAUGACCACAUUCCUAGAGUUCCAGUGGGAGUGUGACCAAAGCAGCUGGGCAGACCAGUGUUGAGCCUGGGGUGAAUGCUCAGUGGAGAGAAGGCAGAUCGGACACAGGGAGACCCAGGGGUGCAGAGGACAAGGCAGCUCAACCCUGGAGGAGGCUGCUGUGCUGGAAAUGAGAAGAAGGAAAAGUGACAGCUCUGAUCUGGGAUGUAGUCCAGCGUCACCCCAGGAAAUCAGCCCAGCACAGCUCUCCCCCGAGUUCAGAUGCCCACACCACCCAUGGUGACCGGAAGUGUGGCACAAACAGGGACAGCAGGGAGGGCACUGUGGUCUGGCUAUGGUGCUGUGCAGAAAAUGGAAUCUCUGACUCUAUCUCUGUCUGUCUCUCUCUCUCUCUCUCCCUCUCCCUUUCUUCCCUCCCUCUCUCCCACUUCCCUCCUGCCUACAGUUGUAACCAGCAGCAAGCCGGAGAUGGCAACUUUACUUCUGCAUAGCAGGGGGGGCACUGUCCAGCAGCCCAGACUCGGUGGGAGGCUCAUUUAUAGACAUGGCAGUCAGUUCCGCCUGGGUGCUCAUGUGAGUGACUGAGGGUCUAUGAGGCCUCGAUCCCAGGGUCCUGCUCUCCUCCCUCUCGGCUCCACCAAGGCUGCCAUGAUCACCAUCUCCCGGACAUCCACAAGCCCCAUGAAGGCAGUAAUGAGCCCUGGCCACACCUGCACCUAUAUCUGGAUCAUCUUUGCUCACAUCUCAAUUAUUAUUGGGGAAAACCAGUCCAGGCUAGUGAGUUCGGGAACAACAUCUGCAGUGCUCAGGACUCCUGGCUUUGCACUUAUGAGGGAUCACUGCUGGCAAUCAGUGCUGGGGAUUGAACUGAGGUCCAUUGUAUGCAAGGCAAGUGUCUUCACCCCUGUACUUUUCUCUAGCAUUGGGAAAACCAUUUUUUUUUAUUGCAUCACUAUGAGGUAGAGUAUUACAAAGUUGCUCAUGAUAGGCUUCAGUCAUACAAUGUUCCAACACUCAUCCUCCACCAGUGUAAUUUCCCAGCACCAGUGUCCCCAGGUUCCCUCCCAUCACCCCAACCCACCCUCUCCACAGCCUGCACAUCUCUCUCUCUCAUUUUAGGCAUUAUGGUUUGCAAUAUAAAUGCUGAAAAUUGUCACACGGAUCCUUUUACCUACUUUCAGCACUCAGUUCUUGUCCAGAGUGAUCAUUUCCAACUAUUAUUGUCACACUGGACCCUCCUCUAUCUUAACUACCCUCCAUCCCCCACACACUUGUGGUAAUUUCCAACCAUUGGCCAGUCCUGGCCCCUGGGAAAACCAAUUCUAAAUGAAGUUUCCAUGCAUGGUUUUGAUCCACAGGCUUGAAUCUGGGGACAGACUAGCAUGCCUACCAGGGUGGAGAACAUUAAAUGAGAUGGGAUGAGACACUCUGGGCAUGGUGUGUGCCUAGUAUGUAGCAUUUCAUGAUGGAUUUUUUUUUCCCCUGCCAACUUUCAAACUAGAUCCCUGGCAAAUUAGAUCUUUGGCAUCACCGAUCAAAGUCGGGGACCUGCCAGGAGCCAGUGAUCCCUCCCUCCUUCGGAGUCCUGGAGACAAAGAGCACAAGAACCACCUGCCCGCCCACACUCUGCCCUGUCUAGCAUGUGAGGCAGCCAGGGCAGGGCAGGUGGGCAGGUGUGCUCUAACACUGGCUACCUCACUGCUGGCUAGAAUCGGAGAAAAGGGGGAAGUCCUGAUAAAGCACAGCCUCGCCCUCUGCUCUCCCACGGUCCCCGCCGCUUCACAGCUGUCAAAGGCACAUUCCCCCACACUUUGAUCUUGACGGAGGACUGGAAAACCCAACCGUCCCCUUCCGCCACACACCCUCUCAUGACCUCUGGGUUCUGCUUCUCCACUGAGACCAUCCUCUGGCCUAAUGCUGUGAAAUGCGCCCCCCAUCUGCCUGCCAACUUUGGAAGGGUCUGCAAAAAAGCAGAUUCCAUUGCUGGGAGGGAGCUUGGUCGAGUUGUUCUUCCUCUUUUUUUAUUUUAAAAAUUUUGUCACCAGGGUUGGAGCAAUAGUACAGCAAGUAAGGCAUUUGCCUUGUAUGCGGCCAACCUGGGUUCGAUUCCCAGCAUCCCAUAUGGUCCCCUGUGCACCGCCAGGGGUAAUUCCUGAGUGCAGAGUUGCAGAGCGAGGAGUGACCCCUGUGCAUUGCCGGAUGUGAUCCAAAAAGCAAAGAAAAAAAAAUUGUCACCAUGCUUUACAGUUUUGCAGUCCUGUCACAGGUUGAAUUUCAUGUAUCCGACAUUCCAAUACCACAGCCCCACCAGUUUUUUCACUUCCUGCCACCACUGUCUCGGGGUCUCCCUGUCACAUCAGUCCCACCCUCUUUCUCACAGCUCACUGUCAUGGAAAGCUCUGUUCUGUAGAUGCUGCUUCUUUGGACCAUGUGUUACUCCCUUACCAUGCUUCUUUAUAUCUACAUACUAGCAUCUCUCAGGACUGAGGUGAUCAUACAGCAGGUAAGGUGCUUGCCUUGCACACAGCUAACCCAGGUUCGAUCCCGGGCAUCACAUACAGUCGCCUGAGCCUGCCAGGAGUAAUUCCUAAAUGCAGAGCUAAGAAUAACCCCUGAGCACUGCUGGUUGUGGCCCUCGAAUAAGAACAAAAUGAAAAGUAACUCUCCUCUACGUGUGCUCUUUUAAGCACCUCAGGUGAGGUAGGAGCCGAGGCGGGUUUGAAGGGCUCACCCCAGUCUUGAAGUGGUGGUACCAGUUUCUCAGAGAGCAUCGUGGGCGUGGCCGCCUGAGGGUGCCUCUCCGGCAUCUCCAGUAAGCAGAUGACUUGGGGAACUGGGUAAAGCUACUGGAGUGACUGGCUUCUCUGUGUCCAGGGUAGAUCAACCUGGAGGGAAGGGUACCUGAGUGAGCCUCAGUUUCUCUAACAAAAACCCAUGUACUCAGGAAGGAAAGGAAGCCAGAGCAGAGGAAAGGGAAGGCCCAGGUUGUGGGUGGUUGACAGGAGUCAGCUGAGAAGCUGUGAGGGGGUGGUUCAAGCAACCAGAUGAUUAAAGGCCCUUAGUUGGGGAGGAGGCUGAGUCAGAGUCAGAGAAGCAGAAUAAGCAGGCGUUUACAGAGCUGUGCUUGGAGACCUGGGUCAAGGGUCAGGGCAGCCACCACCUCCGCAUCCCUGAGCUCAGAAUAUUAUUUAUUCCUUUACUUAGAAAUUAAGGACACAGUGUUUAAGAAUAGAAAGUCAAUGCAUGCUUGCAUAGGGGGGAAGGGGGGUGUGUGUGUGUGUGUGUGUGUGUGUGUGUGUGUGUGUGUGUGUGUGUGUGUGUGUGUUUGCAUACCACUUUUCAAAGAAGACUUGGGGUAGCUUAGAACAAACCAAACAUUAAGCAGUAUCCAGGGCAGCAGCCUGGGAUUUUAAGAUGACUCCAACCCUUGAUGCGAAGGAGUUGGGAGCCCCAUGCCAAAUGGUAUGAAAGUUUCCUGGGACAGCCCCUCUCUUGCAUGCAUAGGAGAUCCCGAACUCUGGGGUUUUACUCAACCCAGAGAAGUCCAGGGAUUGGUAUGGUCUUUUAUGUGUCAUGAUUUUUUUUACAAGUAUCCCUAUUAAGCAAUGAAUGGCCCUAGGUUCAGAUAGUGUUUUCAUUUUCAUGCAGCUGUACAGAGAGCCCAUAAGAUUGGGGAGAUGGCCGAACAGGCUAAGUGCAUGCUUUGUAGGCAGGAAGACCAAGUUCAAUCCACAGAACAGAAAACAUCACCCCACCACCACUCACCCACCCCAACACUGCCCAGUCUGGCCCUAAAGCAAACAAACAAAAAGAUAGUCUCAUCUAGACUAUAUGAAAUUAGUGAGAUAUCAAAGAUAAUGCAGAGCUCUCCACUUUGCUGUGUGGAGUAGCCAAGGGUGAGGUUUGUGAGCCCCAACUCUGUGUGCCUCAGACAGAUGUGUCCUCCCCCCAACCACUCACUCCCACCUUCCCAGUGGAUGCGACCUUCCGUAGAAUGCAUGUUGUAGAUGGAAUUGAUGUACAGAAGUGGACAUGACGGUCCUGGAUUGAAGGUGGGCCCUCAUCCAAGGACUGAUAAAUAGCCUUUUAUUUGUCUUUCUUUUCUCAAAAUGUAAAGCUCUGAUUGAAAUGUUUUUAUAUUUAUUUACUCAUUUGUAUUCCCUCCCUCCAUGUUAAUAGGACAACUUGGGGUCUCACACGCAUCGUUGUGCUUGCCGUGGGGGUUGCACCUCAGGCUGCGGUGCUCGUAUACCAUGGUGCUUAGGGGGGUGGCACUCCUUUAGUUGUGCUCCCCAAAGCAAGAGCUCUCAAUUGAGGCAUGCAAGUUGUGGUUGUGGUACUUGCUUACCAGAGCAUGCAUUUGCAUAUCUUUUUAGUUGUGGUACUCACCAUUAGUUGUAAGCCUUUUUGGUGAUGCUCAUACACAGCUGGCAGCCAGUGAUCACCUGAGGCACCAGGGAAUUACAGACAGCAGAGCUAUCAGCUUCAAGCCACGGGGCAACCAAGCUUGUAGUCAGCACACGUGGAACACCAGGGAUUUGAACCUAUGACCAAGUGCAAGGCUCUAAGACCCUGCACUAUUCCUUUGGGGCCUUAAUGUCCUUUUAAUAAGAAGAGAGGCAGAUUUGAGACAGAGACAAUGGAUUCUAGAGUCUCCAGAAGAAACUAAAGCUGCCAAUACCUGGAAUCUGGAUUUCAGGUGUCCAUAUUACAAGGAUAAGUUAUGGUUAUUUCAGGGUAACUAAAUCCAUGUAAAUUAUUGCAGCAAUGCUGGGAAAUAUGCCCGCUCAACCACAGUGUGGCUGCCUAUGGGCUGGACUAUCUGGUUUUUUUUUGUUUUUUUUUUUAAUUUUAUUGAAUCACCGUGAGAUAGUUACAAGCUUUCAUGUUUGGGUUACAAUCUCACAAUGAUCAAACACCCAUCCCUCCACCAGUGCACAUUCCCCACCACCAAUAUCCCUGGUAUACCCCCGCUUCCCACCCUCCCCCUGCCUCUAAGGCACACAAUAUUCCCCAUACUCUCUCUAUACUUCUGGGCAUUAUAGCUUGCAACACAGACACUGAGAAGUCAUCAUGUUUGGUCCAUUAUCUACUUUCGGCAUGCAUCUCCCAUCCCAACUGGUUCCUAGGGUUGGACUAUCCUUAACGGGUAAGGAUGAAGGUCUCUUGGUCCUAAUGUGACUGUGCUCUUUCUCAUAAACAUUUGAUUGGAUUCAUCUCUAUUUCGCUAUCAGGAGAACUUGGGAGCAUAGAAAUCUGAAGUCUUCAGCAUCACUGGGUUGUGGGUACAACUGUUCAUAACAAUAAUUCUGCACGUAACUUUCAUAAAUGUGAGCCAAUCAAGUCCUUUUUCAUCCUGAUAAGAGUCAGCUUCUCAAUAGACAGAAGAGAAAACACUAUCCAUGACUUAUCCUCCUCCACUGGACAACCUGGAAUUAAUUGGGGUUUUUUGUUUUGUUUUGUUUUGUUUUGUUUCUCUCUAUUACAAUGCUCUGUAAAAAAUUUUCCAGCUUUGCUUAUAAAAACAAGUAUGCAUUUCUCA